UGAUAUGAUGCUUCAAGACGAUCUUUAUCCUGACUGGGGGAAACGUGCCCGAGCAUUUUGGAGAACAGGAAACAACAGAAUUGUGCUGUUCUGGAGUGUCCUGAUAUCCUUGACCUCUGUUGUGGUUCUAGUUAUCACCACUGACUGGAUCAGCUGGGACAAGCUGAAUCGUGGCUUUUUGCCAAGUGAUGAAGUUUCUAGAGCCUUUCUCGCAUCCUUCAUCUUGGUCUUUGACCUCCUUAUUGUCAUGCAGGACUGGCAGUUCCCACAUUUCAUGGGGGAUUUAGAUGUCAACCUUCCAGGACUGCCUACCACACACAUUCAAUUAAAAUUACCACACUUCAAGAAGAUUUUCAAAGAAGAGUACCACAUUCAUAUAACAGGGAAAUGGUUUAACUACGGCAUUAUUUUCCUUGUGCUGAUUCUGGAUCUAAACAUGUGGAAAAAUCAGAUCUUCUACCAACCUUAUGAAUAUGGUCAAUAUAUAUCACCAGAUAGAAAGAUUUACACAGUAGUAGAUCCAGACACUUUAAAGAACUUUAAUAAAACCACAUUAACUUGGGAAUGGAGAUCUACUAAUAUUGAUCCUGAAACCAACCAGACAUAUGUUCAGAUGGACAUGUUUCUCCAUAGUCAAUUCAUUGGGACAACUCUUGCUGUAAAGUGCUUGGCUUUCAUUCCAAGCAUACUGGCAUUCCUCUUAUUUGGAUUCUUUGUCUGGUUUUUUGGACGAUUUCAGAAAAGUGAACAGCUUGCGGAAAGUAAAGAUAGCAUGUAUGUGCGAAUUAAGAGGAAAUCGCCUUCUGAACAUAGCAAGGGAAUGGGAAUGAGUGCAACUGGCUCACCCAUUUUAGGAGAGGAAUCACCAGGACUUUGUACAUUGAUAGAAUAUGUAAAGAGAGACACCACAGAGGAGAGUUUCACACUGCCACCAGUUUGUAGCGUCUCAUCUUUGCAGUCUAGCGUGCCUCACAAUGACACAGAACAACGUAGCACACUACAGGACAAUGCAUUACAGUGUGAAACCAUUCAUGACUGUAAUUUACUAGCUAAAGCCUCAUCUCAAAGUUCUAAGGCUGAACAAUUAAACUAAUACAAACUACAUGUAUACAGUCUUUUAGUGAAAAAAACAUAUUGCAGGGUUUUAGAUGUUAUCUUUUCUAAGUCGUAGAUCUGAUUGAGCACAAGUAAUAUCAACAAUGCUACUUUACUGCCAGUUAAGUCUCUAUUUGGUGCUCUGAUUCAGGAUCUCUUUAUUAUUACCUUGUGCCUAAAAUGCAACGCCAGUCUCAAUAGCCAUUUUAAGGCCUAACUUUGAUAAAAUGUUCGAAUAGCGAUGUAGUGAAAAAUGAGUUACUGACAAAAAUGUUACACAAUACUACUAAGAAACAAUAUUUUUAUGCUCAUUAUCUUUUGUUUUGGAAGUGUACAUGCACAACCUUGCUACUGAUUAUUUAGAUAGUGUAUGUAAUUUGCUCAUGUACACAUUUUUUUUUAAUAUAAAUUGUCAUUUGCAAGAAUUAAUCACUGCAAAAAUGGAGUAGUUUAUUUUAUGCAUAGUAAAAAGGUUUCCAAAAUCUGGAAUUUUUGAGUAAUGUACAUCAAACUACGCCAGCAGAUUGCUCAUGCUUUAGUCAUGUUAUCUGGAAAUAAAACAUUU